AUGGCAUCGGAACUCUCUCAAAGAAGCCCAGCUACCCCCUCCAAGCACCGCAAGGGAUCCGGCUCCAGCGCAGCCUCCCAUAAGCCUCAGCUCUCCUCCCCCGUCUCGAAGAAAUCUCACAACUCCCCACAAACCGUCGUCCACAACGAUGACCAGAUCCCCUCCACGCCCUCGCCCAAGUCCAAGAAACGCACCUCCGCCCGGUCCGAACAGCGUAUGCCUUCCUCCCCCUCGAGCCAUGCUAAAGGCACCGGCUCUGGUACCGCCACACCCCUCGGAAAGGCCUCCGGUCUUGCUCAGAAGGCAGCCAGCCAGGUCACAGAUGCCGUACCUUUCGACCUGUCCGCACUCAAGGGUCUCGAGGUCGGCGAAAAUGGUAAUAUCCUAGGCAAGGAUGGGAACCCCCUCGGCCGUGUGGUCGAGGGUGAGGCCGAAGAUCUUAUCGGUCAGACCGUCGGUGACGACGGGGAGAUUCUCGACGAGGACGGCGAUCUCAUCGGCCGGGUCGAGGUGAUCCCCGAGGCGGUCGAGAAGGCUGGCAAAGAUGUUUCCGAUCAGGUGGAUGAAGCGAAGGACUCCGUCACGGACCUGGCGGAUCUGGAGGGGCUGCCCGUCUCCGAGGGUGGUGUCAUCCGGAACCAGGCAGGCCAGAUCGUUGGCCGGAUUGUUGAAGGCGAUCCGCAAGACCUGAUCGGGUUCACCCUCAAUGAUGAAGGGGAGAUUCUCGAUGAGGAGGGAGAUCCCAUCGAUGCAGUUGAUGGUGUCAAAGAUACUGCUGAAGAUGCAGUUGAUGACGCUCAAGACACUACCGGAGACGCAGUUGAUGGUGUCAAAGAUUCUGCUGGAGACGCGGUCGAUGAUGUUGAAGACACUACUGGAGACGCGGUCGACGGUGUCGAGGAUACGGCUGGAGAUGUGGCUGAAGGUGCUCAAGAUGCCGUCAACAAACUUGAGCCCGACUUCUCGAUCCUCGACGGAAAGAAGAUCAACAAGAAAGGCAAGAUCCUGGAUGAGGAAGGUGAAGUAAUCGGACAGAUUGCCGAAGGUGCCGACUUGAAGUCUUUGGUUGGCAAAAAGCCCAACGCCGAGGGCAAAGUUCUCGACAAGAAAGGCAACGAAUUGGGAAUGGUCGAAAUCGUCGAUGAAGCAAAAGAUACAGUGGAUGAUGCUGUUGAUGAGGCUGGGGACCAAGUCGAUGAAGCAAAGGACACAGUGGAUGAUGCUGUGGACGAGGCUGAAGAUCAAGUCGACGAGACCAAAGACAACACUGAAGACUACGUCGAUGCCGCUGAACAUGCCCUGCCUGAACCCUUGACCGUGAAAGAGGUCAAUGACGAAGGCGAAGUCAUCGACGAAGACAACAAUGUGAUCGGCAAGGUUGACAGCGGUGAUGCAGAGGAUUUUGUCGGCAAGGAAAUUAACGAACGCGGUCUCGUCUUGGAUGAUGAUGGCAACAUCAUUGGCAAGGUCGAACUAUCUGAAGAGCUUGGAAAGGCUGAUGACGCCAUUGACGACGUUGCCGAUACCGCGGUUGAUGAUGCCGCUGAUGCUGCCGCUACUGCUGAUGUCGACGAUGUGGCUGACGAUGCCGCUGAUGCUGCCAAUGACGCUGGCGAAGCAGCAGAGGAUGCUGCCGAAGAAGUAGGCGACAAGUUGCCUCCCCUCUCUAUCUUGGAAGGGUUGAAGUGCAACAAGGCCGGCAAGAUUGUUGAUGCCUCCGGAAAACCUGUCGGAGAACUCAUCGAAGGCGACGCGAAGAAGAUCACCAAGGCCGGAGCUAAACUUGACGACAAGGGUCAGUUCUGGGAUAGCCGCGGUAAUGUUAUUGGAAAAGCCCAGACUAUUCCCGUGGAGGAUGAUGAGGAGGAAGCUCCUUUCGCUGGCCUCGAUGGCCUUAUCGUCGUGAAGGACGGUUGGGUCGAAGACGAGAAUGAGAAUCGCGUCGGACAGAUUGUCGAAGGAGACGCCAAAAAGCUUGUUGGUCGCGCUGUGGACGAAGAUGGCGACAUUUUGGACAAGCGUGGUAAUGUUGUUGGCCGUGCUGAACGGUGGGAAGCUGUUGAAGAGGAGCCUGAGCCCGAGGCCGAGCCCGAGAAGAUCGACCUCUCAAGCCUGAGCGGACUGAGCCCCAACAAGCUUGGCUUUGUGAUUGGAUCAAGCGGCGUUCCAAUUGCUCGCGUCGUCGAGGGUAAUGUGAAGGAACUCGCCGGCAAGAAAAUUGACUCCGACGGCCAGCUUUGGAAUGAUGCCGGCAAGGUCAUCGGACGUGUUGAGUUGAUCCCCGAGGACGAACGCGAGACCAAGCCAGAAGGUCCUUUCGCCGGUAUGGACGGACUUAUUGUCAACAAGGAUGGAUUUGUUGAGGAUGAAGACGGCAAUGUCGUUGGCCAGGUCACCGAGGGCGACGCCCGGAAACUCCGCGGCCGCAUGGUCGAUGAAGACGGCGACAUUAUUGACAAAUACGGCAACGUCAAGGGCCACGCAGAGCCGUAUGAACCACCUGAAGAGGAGGAAGAGCAGCCGGAAGACCUCUCUGCGCUUGAAGGCAAGAUCGUCAACAAGGCCGGCAACGUCGUCGAUGCUCAUGGCGCUGUCUUUGGUCGUAUUGCUUCCGGUGACCCCAAAAAGCUUGCGGGUAGAAAGGUCGACGGCCAGGGCCAGAUCUGGGGUGACAACGGUAAAGUCAUUGGAAGAGCUGAGCUCACCCCAGGGGCCGAGCAGGACAAGCCUGAGGGGGCUUUCUAUGGGUUUGACAAUGCCGUGGUUGCCAAGGACGGCACAGUCACUGACGCUACUGGGCGAAUCAUUGGCCGUGUGAUUGAAGGAGAUGCCAAGCGCCUCCUAGGCCGCAAGGUGGAUGAGGAUGGCGAUAUCUUGGACAAGAACGGCAACACGAUCGGUAAAGCGGAGCGUUGGGAGCCCGAGGAGAAGAAGCGCAGCAUCAAUCCCAUGUCUGGCCGCAAAGUCAACCGGGAGGGCGAAGUGCGCGACGCAGAUGGCGAGCUCAUUGGCAAGCUGACCUCGGGUGACUUGAAGACUCUCAUCGGAAAGGAAAUCGACGACAACGGGUACGUGGUCGACAAUGACGGCAACAAGAUCGGCGAGUGCACGCUUCUUGAGAAUAUCCCAGAACCCGAACCCGAGCCCGAAGAGCCUGAAGAGGAAGAGACUGGUCCAUCGGCCGAAGAGCUGGAAGCACAGAAGAAGGUCGAGCAGGACCGGGAUCUGGCGAAGAAGAUGUGCGGCAUCAUCAGUCAAACUCUGGAGAGCAUCCGCCCCGUGUGCAACAUGAUCAACGAGAAGCUCGAAAAGGCAGAGCGCACCCCGAAAGACGAAUUGGACGAGGAAAAACUGGUCAAGGACGUCAAGCCUCUGAUUGAGGAAGGCGGCCGCAUGCUUCAGGAGUGCAAUGGUGCUAUCCGCGCUCUCGACCCUACCGGUCAGAUCGCCGCCACGGCCAAGGCUCGUGCUGCUUCACACGAUGCGUCGCCCGAAGAGUACCGUCUGGCAGACAUGAUCAAGGAGUUGACGGAGACUGUCGUCAAGACCAUUGACAAUGGCCGCAAACGUAUCGCCGACAUGCCCCACGCGAAGAAGAAGCUCAACCCACUCUGGUCCUUGCUCAGCGAGCCUCUCUUCCAGAUCAUCGCUGCCGUUGGCCUCCUUUUGACCGGUGUCCUGGGCCUGGUCAGUCGUCUGCUUGACGGCCUCGGUCUCGGUGGUCUCGUCCGGGGUCUUCUUGGUGGCCUGGGUCUAGACAAGCUGCUCGGUGGAUUAGGCCUCUCAUCCAUCACAGACGCUCUGGGCUUGACUGGGAAGAAAAAGUGA